AUGUUCCUAAGUGAUCGCAUCUAUUCGUCUCUCUUCGCUACAGGAUCCCUACUUCUAUACCCACAAGGCAUCUUUCAUUUUUCUUUCUUUUCUCUUUUUUUCUUUCUUUCUCAUUCAGAUCUUUCAUUUUCUUCCUUUCUUUCUCAUUCAGAUCUUUCAUUUUUCUUUCUUUUCUCUUUUCUUUCUUUCUUUCUUUCUUUCUUUCUAAGAUCUUUCAUUUUUCUUUCUUUUCUCUUUCUUUCUUUCUCAUUCAGAUCUUUCAUUUUCUUUCUUUCUUUCUCAUUCAGAUCUUUCAUUUUUUCUUCUUUCUUUUUUCUUUCUUUCUUUCUCAAUGAGAUCUUUCAUUUUUCUUUCUUUCUUUCUCAUUCAGAUCUUUCAUUUACUUUCUUUCUUUUCCCUAUCUUUCUUUCUUUCUCAUUCAGAGUGUUCAUUUUCUUUCUUUCUUUUCCCUAUCUUUCUUUCUUUCUUUCUCAUUCAGAGCGUUCAUUUUUCUUUCUUUCUUUAUUUCUAUGUUUCUUUCUUUCUCAUUCAGAUCUUUCAUUUUUCUUUCUUUCUUUCUUUCUUUCUUUCUGUGUUGCUUGCUUUCUCAUUCCAACUUUUAUAUUUCUGUGUGCCUGGUCGUUUAUCGGUACGUGUGGGCAUCGCUUUCUAUCUCAAGUCUUUAGCGGAAUCACGUGGGACUGA